CUUCUUUCUUUAAGAUCGAUCAUGUUGCGUACUGUUAAACCCAAAACUGCUCGUACCAAGCGAUUCUUCAAAAACAGAGAAUCUAAAGUUCAUGAAAAUCCCAAAACUGCCUUGAUCGUACAUGGAUCUACUACCAGUCAAGUAGUGACUGAUGCAUUGAAGGAUUUGUAUGCUAUGAAACGACCUAACGCUAUCCAUUUCACCAAAAAGAAUGAAAUCAAACCUUUUGAAGAUGAAGAAAAACUGGAAUUCUUCUCCAACAAAAACGAUGCCUCUCUGAUGGUAGUAGGUACUCAUUUGAAGAAACGACCUCACAACUUGACUUUUAUUCGUAUGUUCAAUCAUCAAGUCUUGGACAUGUUUGAACUCGGCGUCGAAAAAUCAACAUCAAUGAGCCAAAUCAAGGGUACCAAAUGUUCUGUGGGUAUGAAACCUUUGUUGGUAUUCAAUGGUGAAGCAUUUGAUAGCAAUCCAACCUGUCAAUCGAUCAAGAACUACUUUUUAGAUUUCUUCAAUGGGGAUGCUAGUGACGCGGUGAAUUUGAAUGGGUUGGAAUACGUGGUUAGUUUCACUGCCUUGUCAGAAACCAAGAUUGUCAUGCGAACAUAUACUGUACAAAUGAAGAAGAGUGGUGUCAAGACUCCUCGUGUUGAAUUAGAAGAAAUGGGACCUCACUAUGACUUUGUUGUACGACGUGCUAAUGCUGCCAAGGCUGAUCUCUGGAAGGCUGCUACAAAGGUGCCAACUGAAUUAAAGAAACCCAAGGUCAAGAAUGUCAAUGUGGAUGAAAUGGGUGAUAAGCUUGGUCGUAUCCAUGUGGGACAACAAGAAUUACACAAGAUUCAAACUAGAAAGAUGAAGGGUUUGAAGAAACGUGCGGCAGAUGACAGUGAUGAAGAAGAAAGUACCAACAAGAAGCAAAAAUCUGACGAUUAGAAUAUCUCAUCUUCCAUCUCUUCCUUGUUUUUUUUUUAUUUUUUUUAUUUUUUUUACUUUUAUUUUUUCAUUUAUUCAUCUACUUUUUUUUUAUUAUUAUUAUUUUUCUUUAGCAUGCGUACCAACCUAUUCUUUUUUAUCUUUCUCUUUUCUUUCCGUCCAUUCACAAACACCAUUUAUAUUCCUAUUUAUAUAUUACUAUUCACUACAUGAUUUUCUUUUUAUUUCAUUAGUAUUAUUCAUUUUGUAUCAUUUGUUGUUUAUAAAUAAUAAACGCUCUGGCCAUCUGCUAGAUCCUUCGAAAUCAAAGGAUUUAUAUCAAUCUUUACUUUUAUUCCCAUUGGUUUUGUUGAUCAGCAUCAAAGACAAUUUGGUUCAUUUCUGCGGAAUAUAAGGCUGACGAUGGAUAUUAUUUGUAAAGAAUAAAGUCAAAUUGAGGCAACAAUCAUUAAGGGGCAAUCAUCAUGAUAUAGGGAUUAAUAUCUAAC